AUGGUGUACUACUUUACGGCGAAAGUAACCUCUAAAGACGAUGAAUUAGCUGAUUUUGCUAUUGAUGAUUCCCAAGCGGACGAAGCUACCAUAUAUAUGGGAAGAGAUAAAGUAGAGAAUGACCCAUUAAUUAAACAUUCUCAUCCCAAAAAUAUUUGGUUUCAUGUUGACAAGCUUUCGUCAGCACAUAUCUAUUUGCAAUUGACCAAAGAUCAAAUUAAAAAUUUCAAAUCUUUUGAGAGUUUCCAAAUAGACGAAGAGUUGCUAAAUCAAUUAGGACAGUUGACUAAAGCUAAUUCAAUUAAGGGUAAUAAACUAAAUAAUGUGUCUAUCAUAUAUACUCCGGUUGAGAAUUUGCAUACAGAUGGGUCAAUGGAUAUAGGUACAGUCACUUUCAAGAACAAUAAGCUUGUGAAACGGUUUAAUGUUGUGAAAAAAGAGAAUGCUAUCAUCAAUAAGUUAAAUAAGACAAAGAAGGAAAUACCUACUGAUGAGUUUAUUGUCAAACAGGAUGAGUUGAUCAAAGAAAUUGCUAAUGAGAGGAAACAAGAAGAAAGAGAGGCCAAGGAGUUAAGUAAACAAUACGAAUAUCAGAAGAAACAAAAUGCUGACCCGUAUGCUGAUUUGUUUGCUAGUGAAUCAACUAGCAAGCCUACCAAUUGGUCCGAAGAUAGUUUCUGGUGA